CUUUGAUUGGGUGUAAUUGUGCAUAAAAAUAAAACCAGCCAGCAUUGUUAAAGGCGUAAUGUUGAUUACAAAUAGCAUAAAAUGGGACAUUCUAUGUUUAAUUAUAACUAUCUUGGUAAUUAUCAUAGCCAAGCAUGUUCGGAUGUUGGGGUACUGGAAAAGAAGAGGCGUUCUAUCUCCAAAAAGUGUAUAUUUUUUCGGCAACAUGAAGGAUAUAUUUUUAGGUAGAACAACAGUGUUCGGUUGGUUUAAAGAUACUUAUUUGGAAUUUAAAUCGCAAGGAGCUCGUUAUUUCGGAAUAUACAUGUUUGGUUCUCCGGUAUUUGUUCCGAUUGAUUUGGAAUUGACCAAAGCGAUUCUUAAAAACAAUUUCGAGAAUUUUUACAGUCACGGUUUCUACUACAACGAAAAAACCGAACCAGUUUCGGUGAAUAUUUUUAAUUUGGACGGUCCACGUUGGAGGGAAAUUCGAUCGAAAGUCACGCCAAUUUUCACGCCUAUUAAGAUCAAAAGUAUGUACGAAACCUUAACUCAUUUUGCCGACGACUUGGAUGCAUUGUUGGAGAAACGUUUAAAAUCGAACCCGGUUAACUUUAAAGAAAUUAUGUCCUUUUACGCAAUCGACGUAAUUGGUUCACUGGCUUUCGGUCAAAGAAUAAACAGUAUGAAUGAAACGAAAGUUUCGGAAUUCAAGAUAAACGGCGAUAAAAUAAUGGAACCCGGGUGGAACAAUUUCAAAUUCGCCAUUUCAUUAAUGCUGAAUCACGAUAUUCUGCGAUAUUUCGGUUUCACGCAAUUUGACAACAGGGCUUCCAAAUUUUACUGCAACACAAUCACAUCGAACGUCAAACAUAGAGAAGAAAAUAAUAUCUUCAGAAACGAUUACCUCGACUUAUUGAUAGAAGCGAAAAACAGCAAAGAUGAAUCUAAAAGAUUAACACCCCAGGAAGUUAUAGGACAAUGUUUUAUAUUUUACAUAGGUGGAUUCGAUAAUUUUUCCACAGCUCUGAAUUUUCUCACAUUCGAAAUCGCCAAAAACCAGAAAAUCCAAGAUCUAUUAAGAGAAGAAAUUAAUUCAGUAAUGAAUAAACACAAUAAUGAGAUAACAUACGAGGCUAUGCAGGAACUGCAUUACAUGAACCAAGUAAUCCAAGAAUCAUUUCGUAAAUAUCCCAACUUUCCGCUUUUAUUAAGGAAAUGCACAAAAGAUUUCAAAAUACCUGGAGAAGAGUUAGUAAUUGAGAAAGGAACAUCUGUAUUUAUACCAGUUUCCGGGAUCCAUUAUGAUCCCGAGUAUUAUCAGAAUCCAGAUGAAUUCGUGCCGGAGAGAUUCGAUUCGAAAAAUAAAAGAAUUAAAUCAUCUUACCAGUGGUUGCCUUUUGGCGAGGGCCAUAGAGUUUGUAUAGGUAUGCGUUUCGCCAUAGAAGAAAUCAAAAUAGGUUUGACGACUUUGUUAAAAAAAUAUAAAUUACGUCUUAAUGAAAAAACGAAAUUACCGUUAGAGCUAACCAGAAAAUGCCUUCCUGUUAAAUGUGACGAAGGUAUAUGGAUCGAUUUAGAAAAAUUGGAUAAUUAACAAGUCAUUUAAUUAUAAUUAAUAGUAGAAAUAGAACUUCGUAA